AUGGGCGUUGGUAAGCCUUCAGGAACAGUGAUGGUGGUGAAGCUACCAGUGAAUGAAACGAGCGUUUCUCCAACGAAACCAUUUGUCCCACCGCCGAGUUCCAACAAGAAACUGCUCGAGUAUAUGAGAAAUAAGAACAGAUCAACUACACCUCCACAAACGGUUGAAAAUAUCACAGAAGCUGUGUACAAUGUGUCAAUCGUGCCUGUUACGGAGUCCUACGAGGUUCGAAAAGUGAAGCUGGAGGAGCUGAUGAAUUCC